UGGUCAGUAACGGCACAGCGUUUCAGCGAAUGUUCAGUGUUAUACUGACGACGUAUUGGAGUAGACGUUUGCAACUGUAGUGAGUGAAAUCCUUUAGAAAAUGUUUUCCAGUUCUGCACUGGGUGUCCUACUGGGAACAGUUUUACUUAUCUCUUCGAUUCCCGAUGCAGCCUCCUAUAGCAAGUACGGCAGGACAUGCAAGGACAUCGGUUGCAUGAGGGACGAGGUCUGCGUGAUGGCCGAGGAUCCUUGCUCGUUGUACCAACGAGAUAAAUGCGGCCUUUAUCCGACUUGCGAAAAAUCUCAUCCAGGCGGGGCCAGUUGCGCGAGUACCGUGUGUGACGAAAAUGAAUAUUGCAAAACCGAGAAUGGCAUGCCAAAAUGCGUGAAGAAAUCAACAGGAAUCGGAUACGAGUCGGCUGGCGUUUCUGUCGUAAACGGAUAUCGAACCAGCACCAACGACAAGCUCGAUAAGACCAGCAACAGCGCUAGCAAUGCGAACCCUUACGCGAAUGCUAAUGCACCACCCCCGGAGCCUGCUGAUCCAGCAGAAGGUCAUCACGUGAAUUCCGGCAAGACGUGGGGUGUACCAGCCUAUCCCAGUAACAGCAGUGGUAUCAGCGGAUAUCCACCAUCCGUUGGUAAAAGCGUUCCUAACAGCGGCUAUCCGCCUUAUCCCUCGACGAACCAAGAAAAUCGGCAACAGAAUCUGGGAUAUCCGCCGUAUCCAACGCAAAACAGGAUGCCGGUGCCUGGACAGCCCGCUUAUCCUGCUCAGUCUGGCCAGUAUCCCGCGUACCCUGGCUAUCCAACUCAGCCAGGAUAUCCACAGCAGUAUCCCGGAUACCAGAAUUAUCCUUACGGCAAUAAUCGUAAUCAGAAUCGCAUGCUCCACAAUAACGCCUAUUCCGGUUACCGGAGGAGUGCCUCGAUCAUGCAGUCUCCGUCUUUAGCGAUUAUCUGUUUAGCGAGCUACGUCGCGAAAAAUAUCUACGAUUACUCGUUGAUCUUAACAUCGGCAUCAUAUCCGACACGAAGACCAGGCAAGAUUAGGCCAACUCCGCCCACUCCGCCACCAAGGUCUACUUCCAACGGAUUUGGUGGAAGAGUCAGCGGUAACUCGGGAUCAAGAAACAGUAUUGGAAAUGGGUCUAUUUUUAGCCGUUUGUUCGGGAAUGAUCGUAUUUAUGGAUCUCAUGGUGUAACCACUCCUAGGAGCCGUAUUCAGGCAGGUGCCGGUGGUUAUCACACUAGCCACACUUCCGUCGAUGAACAUGGAAACAGAGUCUGGAGAUUUUCUGAUGACGAAUUGUUCGCAGAGUUCGACGGGGACAACAGGAUAUUUAGAAAACGGGGUAGCGCCAGCGAAGUGGAGUCUGCACCUGACGUCCAGUCGACUAAGAGCCAGCACUCGGGAUACCCUUCUGGAAGCGGAUACCCUAGCAGCGACUCUACCAAAAGUGGUUAUCCAUCCUCAGAGAGUCAGCCAAAGCCUGCUGACAGCUCGAGCAGGUCAUCCGGUUAUCCGUCUAGCUCGGGUUAUCCUUCGAACUCUGGUUACCCUUCCAGAAGUAGUUCAUCGGGUUAUCCAGGAUAUCCCUCGAGAAGUUCUGGUUACCCUUCGGAGUCUGCUUCCGGUUAUCCGUCGAGGAGUUAUUCCGGCUAUCCAUCGGACUCUGGCUACCCUUCAAGAAGCUCUUCCGGUUAUCCAUCAGAGUCUGGGUACCCUGGUGGAUCUGGUUACCCAUCGCGUUCCGGUUAUCCUACUAGCUCGUAUCCUUCCUCGAAUUCUCAAGGAUACCCGUCGAGCUCUGGUUAUCCCAGUAGCUCUUCGAAUAACGAGGAUAGCGUUAGGAGGGUCGAUGUUAAAUCGGUGAAUGCUGGGUAUCCCGGGCAAGCUAGUCAAGGCCAAGCUAGUCGAAGCGGCUAUCCGAGUCAAAAUUCUGGGUACCCGUCACAGUCUGGAUAUCCUAGCCGGUCUGACCCGUAUGGUAACUAUCCUGGGUAUAACCAAGGUGGAUAUCCACAGGGUUAUCCACAGGGCUAUCCACAGGGUUACCCGCAGGGUUAUCCGCAGGGAUAUCCGCCUCAAGGGUAUCCACAAGGGUAUCCACCAGGAUAUCAGCAAGGGUAUUAUCCUCCAACUACUAGGAAACCUAACUUUGGGGAUCAAUUGACUAAUAUUGCUAAAGAUCUUGCUGGAAAGGUUUUAACUCAAGCGAUCAUAGAUAAAGUCACAGGAAGACAUUAGCUUUAGAAUUUUUAGCUAACGGGUAUCUAACGGUAUCUGAUACGUGUUAUACUUAAUCGUAGUAGCUACUGCUUGCGGCGAUACUAACAGAUACGUUAAUUGAUAUUGAGUUAUGUCAAGCGAAGCUAUUGGUAAAUUGUAGAAAUAAAUUCUUGAGCUAAA